AUGCGCUUUUUCGUUGAAGACCUCUUCACACAAACCAAGGACACUGACCCGGAUUUACGGUUUAUGGCCCUCAAUGAUCUCGAGAAAGAGAUCAUUGCCAGCCCAGACUCUUUUUCGAGCGAGGCUCGAGUCCAUUAUGCCAAGAUCCUCUUACACUGUCUGGACGACGAAUUUGCUGAAGUGCGUACACAGGCCCUAAAAUGCUUUGAAACUUUGACCCCACGGUUAGGUGGGUAUGUCACCAAUGUUGUCACGGCGUUAGGAAGGAAGAAACCCGAGAAAAUCUCCAUUACUUCAACUAUAUAUACUAUGGCCUUGCACAACGUGUUUAAGAACUUUGUGGCCAACGAGUCUGUUGCUCGCGAUGUGGCCAACACGGUCCUGAGCGACGUGUUUGAUGCUGGUCAGGAGGCGUUCUACACCAGAAUUGACUAUAUCGAGAUCCUCACCGACCUUGUGGAGCAUUUGGGUAUUUACCUUACGUCUGCGCAGUUGAACAACUUAGGGGAGCUUCUUUCAAAAGCUUGCUACGAGGCCGAUAUUGUGAUCGCAAAGAAGUCUGUUUUUGCAUGUGGCUUGGUUGCUCGUAACUUCACUUCUGUGGAGCAAAUGAACAAACUGCUUUCCCAGACAAACAGGUUUUCGACACUUAAAGAGCAAAACACAACCUUGAACAUCGUCACGAACCUUGUGCGCUCGAACACAAAACUUAUGAGCUCACUUGUGGGAUCAAUUUAUCCACUCGUGCUGAAAGCUUUGUAUCUGGACUCUCUGGCACAGCCAGACGACGAUUUCGAUGCACAGCAGGAGCUGGAAGAAACGCGUGCAGAAGCUCUUGGGUGUCUGAUUGCCAUGUUUGAGUCUCUGCAGAUUGAAGAGUACGUGAACGAGUCUCUGGAGUUAGCAUCUCGAUUCAUCAAUUACAAUCCAUAUAAAGACGAUGAUGAGGAAGAGAUGGACGAGGAAGACGAUUAUGAACUUUCUGAUCUUGAUGACGAGGACGAUGAUGAUGGAUCUGGUGUUUCCUGGAAAUUAAGACGUGAAGCUGCUCGAUUAGUCAGUGUGAUUCCCGAGCAUCAUCCGCUUUCAUUGCCUGCUUUGUUGCGGAUAGAUUUGGACCCUCUGACCAUUCAACUUGGGGACGAUAAUACUACUGUUGUCACAGAAACAUUACGCACUUUGACCAAAAUUUUCAGAUACAGCGUGACAGAAGGUCCUUAUUACACUUUGAAGUUUUUCAAUUCUUUGAAUGACUUCGCUAGUGGAAGAAGAGGUUCUGAUGUUAGCAUGCAGAACGAUGAUGAUCCAACCAUUAUGCUCACCAACAGGGAGUCAACGAUCCUAGACGCGUUCAGCAAACUUUUGGUCCCACAAAACUCUACCAAGCUGUCUCUGUUGUACGAUUUCUUUGUUGAAUAUUCUAACGCUACAGAUGGGUGUGACCCACAAUAUACGUCAUCAAUUGUCAGCAAGCUGCUGGAUCUGCGUGAGUCAAGUCUUACCUCUGAAGUUGUCAAAUUCUAUGCUGCUCUUUUGAAGAAGUACACAUUUGUUGAUUUGGGAGCAUCUUCCGACCGUUUGGUUGCAGACAUUGUGCAGUGUGUUUCGUCAUCAUCGAACCAUGAGCUGGUUCUUGAAAGUAUGAAUUUGUUGAUCGAGAUGCUAGAGAACGAAUCAGGUGCUCAGUUCCCAGCUGUUGAAGACGCUCUGAUUGACAAAGCAUCCAAUAAAAACUACUCUACCGAGAUUCGUCAAAAGGCUUUGAUAUGCCUUAGGGCGUUGGUCACCAAAUCAGACCCAACUGAUUUGAACAAGGCACUUGAUGUUUUCGCACACACAAUUACAAUUGAGUUUCUGGUUUCCGUCACUUUACAAUGUGUUUCUUCUAUUGUCCAACAGAUCCCAGACCGAGUUCCGAUCCAAUGGCUGGAGAAACUGGUGGCCAGGCUGGUGGAACAUUUCACGAUUCCAGAACUUCAAACUCAAAGUUUAAAGACAUUGGAUUCCAUCUCUCUUCUCCUCGACGAAACAAAUGCCAGAAUCGUGUACCAGAAGUUGGUUUCUGCUAGUGAAGCGGGAAAGAUUGUCCCAGACAAUGCGGUUCUUGUUUGCGAUAUCUUCAAUAAAACCCUGUCCAAGAUCGUUGUCUCAGACGUUGACGUUACCAUUCGACUGCUAGUGCAGUUCUCAAAAGCAGCCUCAUUUGAUUCCGACGCUCUUUCGCAGCUAACAAACACCAUUCUUCGCCAAAAAGAUGCCAGUGACUUUAUCUCGGUGGUGUCGAGUUUAGCAAGCCAGUCAGAGCCAAACGUUUCCAAGAUUCUAGGAAUCGUUUCCGUGCAAGAUGAAAGCUCUGCAAAUCUCGACCAAGUGCUGGAGAAUCUCAAACAUGGUAAGCAAGUGUUGUUCUCCAUUUCGUUCAUUGAACAGUAUUCGAAGUCUUUCAAAUUGGAUAUCAGUUUGGAGCCUUUGUUUGAGCAACUGGGUGGAGAGGAGGAGAUCAAGAACGCAGCAGUGCAUGCGAUUGCAACAGUUGUAACCGGAAAUCCUGAUAGAUAUCUAUCUGAACUUGUUCAAGAAUUGGAAGAAAGUAUCACGGUUCCUUUGUUGCAAGUUCUCAAACUUGUUUUACAAAAGAUUCAACCGGACUUGGCAUCUUCACGUCACCAGUUUGAUCUUUUGGUGAAUUCGCAAAUUGAGAAAGCCGAUGCUAUUGAGACUGCUGCAGAAAUUGUCUCCUUCCUAGCAGUGCGGAAUUUGUUCUUGGAAGAUAUUUGCACCAUUCUGUCUUCCGGUCCAACACAUACACAAAGACUUUUACUUGGAACUACAGUCAAAUAUACGUUUGUGGACCCAGCUUUGGAUGCCGACUUGGUGGAACUUUCCAAAUAUCUGGAACUGACGUCUACAGACGACUUUAUAUUUGGUUCCUCGCUCGAAUUGAAGCAACUUGGCCUCAACAACUUAAUUUUUGCAUUGCAUAAGAAGCCAUUGGUUGCUCUGCCGUUGUGCUCUCGCAUCAUGCCCCAAGUGUUGGACACGGAACUUGAGCAAAAGAAAGAGUACGUUGAGAUCGUUCGUAUUGGUCCCUUCAAGCACAAGUUGGACAAUGGACUCAAUUUCCGAAAGGGUGUUUACGAAUUAGUUUACUCGCUGUUGACCACACUGGAGUCGAAUCCAAAGCUCUUGGUCAUCAGUCACAUUGACUGGAACCUCGUGUUUGAAAGAUUCAUCGCCAGAGCAUUUAAGGACGACCCUACGGUGAUAUUUAUCUGUCUGCUGACUCUUGUAAAGAUCAUCAACCUGAAGCCAUCCAUUUUUGCGGGCUCUCAAACCCUGGACAAUUUCAUCGCUGCUAGCACAAAGGUGUUGGAUAAAAAGCUGAAAGAGGACGCUCCCAAACAGGACAUCGAGAAACGCAAUGACACCAUCAAGGCAGUCCUUCGGUGUUGCAAGAAGAUCAAUAACAUGGUCGAAUCAGGACAAGUGAAGCUGGAAGGUUACACCAGUUGGGCAAACUUCAUCAACACUUUACGCACGAAGUACCCUAUAUUUGAAGUUGAGGAAUGA